AGCCAGAUAACCUCGUGGGGCGCACCUUUUGAGUUUACUCGUGGCUGAAGCUUUAAAGGGUCUUGCUACAUAUUCCGAGUCUUUAAAAAUAGCAACACUUCAGUUUUUUUCCAUAUACUCACAUAUUUGUUCAAAAAAUGUACGAGGUCCAACCACGGCAAGUAGAUAUUGCGCUUGUUAUCGCAUGCCACGACGGCAAUUUUGAAGAAGUCAAACGAUUGGUAGAGGAUGAUGAUGCAGAUAUAUGUUACCAGGAUUUUAAAACUGGAAUGAGCGUAUUAAUGGUUGCGGCAGGAGCUGGACACACAGAUAUUGUAAACUAUUUAUUAUCAGAAGGUGCCCCCUGGAAUGCAGUUGAUCGAAGCUAUUUGUGCGCCGGGGAUUAUGCCGCUAGAAAUAAACAGCAAGAUUGUAUUGAUAUCCUGAUGAAUCAUGCAGUUAUGUCUGAGUUACUUUUGUGUAUUGCAGUAAACAAGUCAGAUGAAGGAGAGUCUUUGAAGAAUGUUGAUUCUAUGGAUCUUACUACUACUGUAAACACACGUGCAAAUAAUUCCUCAGAAGCUCUUAACGCUUCUUACCUUUCUAGUCGACUGGAGUAUUCUGAUGACAGAAAAUGUCUCAUUGACACUAAUACUCAUCUAGCUGUAAUGAUGGAUUGGGAAACUCCAAUAAUGGAGAAACAUGCAGCGUGGAUUUGUCAUGCAGACGAAAUAGAUAGUACUAUCAAUUCACCUAUUCGAGUUUUAAAUGUUGGAUUUGGUUUGGGGAUUGUUGACACGGCUAUACAAAAGUAUUCACCUGACUCACAUUAUAUAAUAGAAGCUCAUCCGGAGGUGUUGGAGAAAAUGAAGUCCGAAGAAUGGUUUGCUAAGCCUGGCGUCAAGAUAAUUCCAAGUAAAUGGCAAGAUGCGGUCGUUUUAUUAGCCAAAGAAAUUGAUGACGGGGCCAUUCCAAGGUUUAGUGGAAUAUUUUUUGACACAUAUGCAGAGGACGAUAAUGAUUUGAGAGAAUUUCAUACGUGGUUACCCAAACUUCUUUCUUUACCUAAUCAAAAAAGUGUGGGAGAUCCAUUUUUCUCAGGAAGGUACUCUUAUUAUAACGGUUUGUGUCCUGACAAUGUAUUUUUUCACGGAGUCGCAUGCGAAACAAUGAGGUUGCAUUUAAAAAGGCUGGGAAUAAGUUGUAUAUUUGACCCAGUUGCUGUCGACGUUGCAGACCAAGAGAUGUGGAAAGAUGUUUCUCAAAGAUAUUGGUAUUUUGAUACAUAUUUCUUGCCAAAGUGUACUUUUGAUCCUGGCGAAAAGGACUAAUAAAGUUUAUUCCGUCAAAACACAAUGUUUUGUUUGUUGAGGUUUUAAAACAUCAGUGUGCUUUAUCAAAGCGCUAAUAUUUUCGUAUACUGUUUCGUCAUUCCCAAUGCGUACGCGUGCUUAAACAAGUUAAUUUUGAUUCAAUGAUUAGUAGUAAUUUUAUCAUCAUUUAUCGGCAGUGUAAAGGAAAUGAGUCGAAUCCUUCUUCUUGCACUAUAUGGUACACAGUGCUUCUAAAACGGAGAUUCACUGUUAAUUCAUGGCUGUUCGACAUAACGGAUAACGACGAAGUCUAAUAGUCAGACUUUAAUUUCAUGGGUUUGUUAUUGACCUACAAGAAGUCAUUGACGUUGUAAAUAAAUUUUAAUCAUGUUUGUC